ACACCAGAUAAACUCGUUUUUUAAACCUUCACGCCUUUCAAAAAACCACCAUCGAAGUCCCAACAGUUUGGGACUACCACUCCCCACUCCAAGCUUAUCUUUUUAGAUACACCAGUACUCCAUAGAUCCAAGUCCAAGUCCUCCAAAGCAUUAAGCAUUGCUUUGGUGGAGCCAAACAAAGCGAUGCUGGUACUUCAGAUACCUAUCAAUGGAGUUCAUUCACUGCUCCAUGAUCCUUCUCACUGUUAUCAGCCUUCUCUUCAGUCACCAGCUCGUAGCCCUGCCACCCAACGGUUCACCGACCCCAGCCAGGGCCUUGGAUUCCCUCCUCCAAGACUACGCCUACCAAGCUUUCGACCGACCCCACACCGGUGUCCCCUAUGACGGCAUUGCGCCAUCGAACGUCUCCGGCAUUAAGAUUGCUGUUUUAAGGCUCAGGAAUGGAAGUUUUAGGAAUAGAGGGUUCAGGAGCUACAAGGAGUUUGAGAUCCCAAUUGGAGUCAUUGUCCAGCCUUAUGUUCGAAGGCUUGCUUUGGUUUACCACAACUUGGGCAACUGGUCUUCAGUCUAUUAUGCUCUUCCACCAGGCUACAGCUAUCUCACUCCAGUUAUUGGAUUUUUGGCUUACAAUGCUGAGAACAUUUCGUCCAGCAAUUUGCCGGAGCUCGAUCUUUGGACAUCGAAGUUGGCCAUUUGGAUCAGAUUCAGUACUGUGAAGGCAGUGCCAAAUGGAAUGAAGGCCAGGUGUGUUUGGUUUAAAUUAGAUGGCUCGUUGGAGUUUAGAAACUUGGUGGGGAGUAAUCUUUGCUUGACUUGCAGGCAGGGGCAUUUCUCUAUUGUAGUUAAUUCUAGUGGACUUGCUCCUUCUCCAGCGCUGAGCCAAGGUUUGAGCCCCGAGGGAGGUGAGAGAGAUGAAUCAGUGGCAUGGAAGAUUAUUGGAGCAGUGAUUGGAGGUAUCAUGGGGCUGAUUUUGGUGGCUUUCUUUGUGGCAUUGGUGGCGACUUAUAGGCGAAAAAGAAAGGUGGAACAGAUGGAAAGGGAUGCCGAGGUGGCGGAGGCAUUGGACAUGGCACAGGUGGGGAGUGCCCGAGCGCCGGUGGCAAUUGGGACGAGGACUCGGCCGGUGGAGCUUGAGGAUGAGUAUGUCCCUUGAUUCAGGGGUGUAGGAUGAUGAAUUGAGCCAUUGAGUCUUUUCGAAGGGAUGAGCCAGGCGAUCUCGCAAUCUUGAAUCUAUAUAGCUUGGCAUUUGCUUUAAUUUUACUUUUUAAUUUUUUUAUUUAUAUGAAUCAUUUGUUUCAAUUCUAUUCUUUGCAAAGGUUUCAGUGCAGAAUGCUAAUGUACCAAGAACUGAUUCGAUCACUUUUCUGAUUCUUGGACUUAUGUUUUAUAUAGUUCCUACUAUCUGAGUAUUUCUUCAGUGUUUUUUGGAAAA